GAGAGAGAGAGAGAGAGAGAGAGAGAGAGAGAGAGAGAGAGAGAUUUUAAGUGAACUCUUAAAAUUGCAGUGAGGUUGUUUCCCGGUAAUGUUGUGAACUCAUUGGAUCUUGGGUUCCUUCAUUUUCCAUCAAAGGGUCAGUCCAUUCUUGGGAUUACUUUUAUUGUUUGUUUGUAUGAGCAAUUGAGUAGCGUUUGUGUUGAGGAUUGAGUUUCAGGAUUUAGUGUAUGUUUCGUGUAAUUUGCACGGACUUCAUCUCAAUCCAUAAGAAGAUUUCCGUUCAUUUUUUUGUUUUGAAGUGCACGUCUGUUUGCAUUGGUGUCAACAGAUAUCCAAACAUAACCUUAGCUCUUGGAGGCAGUUUACUUUCGUGCUCUCCGUUUUGUUGUUGGGAAAGGUAACAAGAGGGAGAAAUUGGAUUAGUUUUGUGGCUUUGGGAUGGAAGAUACAAGUGUAAAGGAAGUGGGAGUUGAAGUUGAUCUUGAAAGUGGGUUGGUAGUAGUAACUAAAGAUGAUUCAAAGAAUGUCUCCACUCCUGGGAAUACAAAACAAGGAAAGACAUUAUUUGAUAAAUUUUCUUGUGGGCUUGUUGUUGGGGAUUCUAGGAAAGGUGAGGUUAGGCAUAGUGUAUACUUGAACAAGUCAAAUUUAGGUAGUGUUUGCAUAGACAUUGUAAAAGUGUCAAAAGAGAAUACUCUGGUAAAGGAGAAGCGAAAGAAGUCCAGUAAUAAAAAGGCAGCCAAACCUCCAAGACCUCCGCGAUCACCAUCACUAGAUGCAGCAGACCAGAAGCUAAUCAGGGAAAUCACUGAACUUGCAAUGUUAAAGCGCGCAAGGAUAGAGAGAAUGAAAGCCUUGAAGAAGAUGAAAGCGGCUAAAUCAUCAUCGUCUUCCAGUAGCAGCAUGUUUGCCAUGAUUUUCACUGUCGUCUUCUGUAUUGUGAUAUUACUUCAAGGCAUGUCACCAGGAAAAAGCUCAGUGAAAAGUUUCCAGGAAUAUCCGGUAUCUGCAGGAGGAGAAGAGGGUGGUUUGAUUCUUGCUCGACACCAAUUCUAUCCAUCUUCAAAUGAUCCAAACGCGCCGGGUCUAGAAUCUCAAAAAAUUGUACAGCAGGUCACUGGUUCGGAUUCAUCUGUAAAACUUAGAUGAGAUGCAGGUCAAUGUAGAUUUACUGACAAUAAAAAUGCCAUGACCUUCAUGUCUGCAUUUUGGUGAGAAUAGAUGGUUUUGUGCUCAUUUAUGUGUAACUUCUGGAUUUGAGAAUAGAUUCUGAAGAAAGAAAAGUUGAUCCAAACAUGCUAGUCAAUGACAGGGUGAGCUAAAUUACUGUGAUAGUGCUGCUUGUGCUCUUUAUUGGCUUGCCAAAAAGCAACUGCCUGUUGCUUACACUCAAGACAUUUAGAGAUUUUGCUUUUGAAGUUCCAUGUCCAUCUGUAAUCACAUAACUAUGAUGUAUCAAUGUCUUUCUAUCAAUUCCCAAUUCUGAGUGAAAGCCUUUCUUAUAUUUUUGUUA